AUGCCCGCGUGGAAACGCAAGUCCAGAAAAGAGACCGACGGGCGCGCGUCGCCCGAGUCCGUCUCGUCCUCGUCGUCCGCGCACGCUCUGCUCUCUGCCGUGCACGACAGCAGCGCUCCCCUUGAGUCAGCCGCAGCAGCAACAACAACAACAACAACAGAAACCAAAACACCAUCGCCAGACGACCUGCGCCGCCAGGCCAAACGCGACGCUGCAUUCGGCCCCCUCGGAAACCCCUCGCAUCUGUACCGCUCCCUCCACCAUGGCGGACACAUCCCGGACCCCGUCAUCGACGAACCGCCAUACUUCUACCUCUUGACCACCUAUAUCAGCUUCCUGAUCCUCAUCUUCGUCGGCCAUGUGCAGGACUACCUCGCGAAGUGGUUCACGCCACACAAACACCGCCACCUCAUGGCCCGCGACGGCUACGCGCCCAUCUACAGCGACUUUGACAGCUUCUACACCCGCCGCCUGAAGCUGCGCAUCAAUGACUGCUUCGACCGGCCCACCACCGGCGUGCCCGGCCGCUACAUCACCUUACUCGACAGAGAAACAGACGACCACAACCAUCACUUCCGGCUCACGGGCACCACCACCGACAGCCUCAACCUCAGCUCGUACAACUACCUGGGCUUCGCGCAAAGCGAGGGUCCCUGCUCCGAUUUCGCAGAGGAGACGGUUCGCAAAGCCGGUAUCAGCAUGAGCGGCUCAAUGGGCGACGCGGCGACGUCGACGCUGCACAUCGAGGUCGAGCGUCAGAUUGCGCGGUUCGUGGGCAAGGACGACGCGCUCGUUUUCUCCAUGGGGUUCGUGACCAAUGCGACUACGUUCCCGGCGCUGGUGGACAGGGGCUGCUUGAUCCUGUCGGACGAGCUGAACCAUGCUUCGAUCCGGUUUGGGUCGCGACUGUCCGGCGCCAGUAUCCGGGCCUUUAAACACAACAACAUGGCGGAUCUGGAGCAGAAGCUCCGCGAUGCCAUUUCCCAGGGCCAGCCGCGCACGCACCGGCCCUGGAAGAAGAUUCUCGUGACCGUCGAGGGACUCUACUCCAUGGAAGGCACCAUGGUCAAUCUGCCGCGCAUUCUCGAGCUGAAGAAGCGCUACCGCUUCUAUCUGUUUGUCGACGAGGCGCAUUCCAUCGGCGCCGUCGGCCCGCGUGGCCGCGGUGUCUGCGACUACUUCAAAGUCGAUCCCGCCCAAGUCGACAUCCUCAUGGGCACCUUCACCAAAUCCUUUGGCGCCAACGGCGGCUACAUCGCCGCCGACAAGGCCAUCAUCGACAAGCUCCGCGCGACCAACGCGGGGCAGUCCUUUGGCGAGGCGCCUACGCCGCCCGUCCUCGCGCAGAUCCUGAGUGCAUUGCGUCUGAUCGCCGGCGAGGAUCCGCAGCAUCCCAGCGAGGGUGCCGAGCGUCUGCAGCGUCUCGCUUUCAACUCGCGCUAUCUUCGCCUGGGGCUGAAGCGGCUUGGGUUCAUUGUCUAUGGCCACGACGACGCGCCCAUUGUGCCUCUGAUGCUGUACAACCCGGCCAAAAUGCCGGCGUUUUCGCACGAGAUGCUGAAGCGGAAGAUUGCCGUAGUCGUGGUGACGUAUCCCGCCACGCCGCUGGAGUUGUCGCGUGUGCGGUUCUGUGUGAGUGCGGCGCAUACCAAGGAGGAUCUUGAUCGGCUGCUGGUUGCAUGCGACGAGGUGGGCGAUGCGCUGCAGAUCAAGUUCUCGUCGGGCAUUGCUGGGGGCGUGCACGAGAGGCCGACGCCGGGCGAGAGCAAGACUGCUGCGGCGAGGGAAAAGCCGCGAUGGAGGGUCGAGGAGGUUAUUGAGAGGGGCGUGAGGGACGUCCGGGGGGAGCUGUACUAG